AACCCUAGACGCGCGCGACCGGGUCCCUCGCGCCGAGCCGAGGCGGCGGCCGUAUAAAGCUCUCCUCCUCCCCUCCUCCCCCGCCGGUUUCCCUCCUCCACCGCCACCCCCACCGCCGCAGCAUCGCCGACGAGCUAGCCCGCCGCCGCUCGAGCGCAAGUUGAGGAGAGGAGGGAUGGAUCGGUACCAGAGGGUGGAGAAGCCGAGGGAGGAGGCGCCCAUCAAGGAGAACGAGAUCCGCAUCACCACGCAGGGGAGGAUGCGCAACUACAUCACCUACGCGACCACCUUGCUCCAGGAUAAAGGUUCCGAUGAAGUUGUAUUCAAGGCAAUGGGGAGGGCAAUCAACAAAACUGUGAUGAUUGCAGAGCUGAUCAAGAGAAGAAUUGUUGGUCUCCACCAAAACACCACCACUGGAUCUACUGAUAUCACUGAUAUGUGGGAGCCACUGGAGGAAGGCUUGCUCCCACUUGAGACAACAAGGCAUGUAUCUAUGAUAACUAUUACCCUUUCAAAGAAGGAGCUGGACACAUCCUCCAUCGGAUAUCAAUCUCCGUUGCCUGCUGAUAAGGUUAAGCCUUUGGUUGAAUACGAGAACGAAGAAGAUGCUCCCUCACCUGCUGGCCGAGGGAGAGGCCGUGGUGGUCAAGGUCGUGGAAGGGGAAGAGGCAGAGGCACACGUGGAAAUGGUUACAUGGACUAUGCUGAUGGUGGAUGGGAGGAUGACCAUGCUCCUCCUGCAUAUGCGGGCAACGGGUACACCCGUGGAAGAGGGCGUGGUUUUAGGGGCCGUGGCAGGAGAGGUGGCGGCUAUGGAGCACAACCUGAUUAUCAGCAAGAUGGAGGAUACUAUGAUGAGGCACCAGUUCACGCGCCGCCCCGAGGCCGUGGUCGUGGUCGAGGCCGUGGGAGAGGCCCGGUCCGAGGUAGAGGACGCGGUGGCAACGUCAAUGGCGUUAUGCAUGCUACUGCAGUUGGCGCCUAAGCUGGCUGCUGCUAUUCCAAAGCUGUUGUUUGUUGGAUGCCUGCUCCAAGUAUGAAGAUGUAUCAUCUGUGUUGUUUAUGGGUUAACACCAUACUCUGUAUAAGCUUGACAUUCUGUUAGAAUGCUGCCGGAUUUUGAUUUUUAACUAGGUUUGUAGGAUAGUCUCUAUAAUGUUUGUUUUUCUUCCAGUAGUAGUUGCAAACUAAUUGUAGUGUUCAGUUGGUAAAGGUUUAGAGCAGUGCAUUCUUUCAAUUUUUAUAUAAACCGAAAUCCUGUUGCCAUCUUAUAAUGUGCCAGCUUCAAAUAGUGAACGCGCAAAUGCAGUUGGAUUUUCA